UCCAUUUAAUUUUGAAAUUAAAAUAACUUCUCGACUGCUUGUUUUAAAUCGGAGGAGAAAUUUGUUUAUUUUUAUUGAAGGGAAUGUACAAGAUGAUCUUUUAAGAAGGAAUUUGUGUAAAAUGGCUGAGGAAGAUCCAGACAGCAGUGUCGCAAGGGCUAGGCACAGACAGAAACGUGGCCUGCUGAAAUUAUACUAUGGGGUCGGAGACGAGCCUGGAGAGACUCCGGUUAAUCCUUGCGAUAUUAAUGGGGCUCAUUUUAAGCCUGAUGAUUACAUGGAGAAAUUACUGAAAGAGAAAAGUCUCACUGAGCUCAUGGACAAAGAAACCGAUAUUACAAAACAAAUCAAAUCUUUGGACAGCGAAAUGCAGACGUUGGUUUACGAAAAUUACAAUAAAUUCAUCAGCGCUACGGACACGAUUCGCAAGAUGAAAAAUGACUUCAAGAAAAUGGAGGAAGAGAUGGAUAAUUUGUCAAUAAAAAUGUCCGCGAUUACAGCAUUUAACGACAAGAUAAGCAACACAUUGCAAGACAAACGCCUGCAGAUUACCAAGUUAUCAGGCGUUCAUGCGUUGUUAAGAAAGUUGCAAUUCUUAUUUGAACUUCCGUCCAGACUUAAAAAAUGUGUGGAAAUGAAGCAUUACUCCCUGGCUGUCAGGUACUACACGAAAGCUCGCGACGUUUUACAUCAAUACCAACAUAUGCCUUCAUUCCGUGACAUCCAACAGGAUUGCGAAGUUAUUGUUAAAGAUCUUAGAAAUUGUUUGAAAGAUCACUUCAGAGAUCCUAAGUCGACUCCUAAACAACUCACAGAAUGUGUUGACUUGCUGCUCCAGUUGAAGGAACCACCAAAUGAACUUUGUGAUGAAUAUCUUGCACAUGCAAAAGAAAGGCUAGAUGAAAAUUUGCUCGAAUUGAAAAAUCAGGUCGAUUUAAAAGAGGAUAAAUCUCACUUGGGCUCGCAUGAUGAUAGCGUCCAAACCGACGCCAACUCUGAUGUCACAAGUCAUGGGAUCAUGGAUAUCUUGGAGUUCACAGACCACGGAUGUAACAAUUUUCUCAGCAAUAUAUCGCUCGUCAUUGCUUCUUACAAUGAAUUAUUCAGCAACAGAAAUUAUGGACACGACGAUGAGAAGCAAAAUAUGGACGCCAUUGCUCGAGAGAAGAUAGUCACAUUUGUUUUGACGCUGAUGGGGGAAUAUUUUAAGAUCGUUGAAGAUCGCUUGGAACUUGAGAAUGCCCAUGGCGAUGAUCAAAUCUUGGUCAGGUCAUUGGAUCGAUUUCAUCGAAGACUUCAAGCGGUUGAAAAAUUAAUGCCAGAGUUGGGAGUUUUAAGGUCUGGCGGGAAUAUUAUCACCAGAACUGCUCACAAAAGGGUGCAGUUUUAUACUCAAAGUCUACAACGGCAGUUUGCUGCGUCCUUAACUGAUCUGAGACAAACAUUGGCUGCUCCAAAACAUCAAAACAACGCCGAAAAAAACGAGACGUUAGCUGAACUUCGUUCAAAUUUCCACACAGCUAUCAUUGGACAAGUUAAAACAGCUUUGAACAACCUAAAGUCGUUUAUCGGUACAGACAUCAUUGCUGUUCGUCCGUACUUUCGAGGUCCGUUCUGUUCUGACGAUAUUCGCCAAAGCCUCGUUGUCAGUCAUAUCAAACAGAUUCUCAGUUCUGCCCAGGCGUUCUGCGAUAACGUUCGUGAGAAAACAAUGCAUGCUCCACCAUCCCUCGUGUUGUUGUUGUCGAGAUUGUGUUUGGAUUUCCACGAGUCUUCUGUCGACUAUCUAUUAUCAUUGACAGACCAGCAGUUCCCGGUGGAUGAAGAGCUGGGCAGGGGAUCUGUCAUUACCUCUGUGACUGAACUGACUGACUUGGCCAAGACAGCCUCUCAGCACCUGAUAAAUCACUUCGUUAGAAUUCAAGGCCUCACUGUUUCUCAGAUGAUUCGUAAAAGUGUCGAAACUCGUGAUUGGCUGAGCACGAUCGAGCCACGCAAUGUCCGCGCGGUAAUGAAGCGGGUCGUGGAAGAUAUCACCGCCAUCGACGCUGAGGUUGGAUCACUCUAUGAAGAGGGCUCAAGAAAAGCCCACAGCUCAGAUUCUAGCAAGUGGACUUAUAACCAGCAACGCAGCCAACAACGAGGUCAGUGGAGUUUCACACCAAGUACUGGGUAUGAUCAAAGUCUCUUGAGCAAUAUUCAGAAACUGUUCUCGGAAAAGAUCGAGAUAUUUAGCGCGGUCGAGUUUUCCAAAGUCUCAAUUUUAACUGGGAUUAUCAAAAUCACGCUUAAGACAUUGCUGGAAUGUGUCAGGUUGAGAAUCUUCAGUAAAUUUGGUUUACAGCAAGUGCAGGUGGACACUCAUUAUCUGCAAGUGUACCUCUGGAGAUUUGUUUCCGAUGAAAAGCUGGUCCAUGUAAUGCUAGACGAAGUGGUCAACAGCACAGUUCACAGAUGUGUUGAACCUGAUCUGAUGGAAAGUAGCGUUGUCGAAGUUAUAUGUGACAGAGGCUAAAAGAAAUAUUUUGAAAGUCCAAACACGAUGGGAAAGUAUUCUUUAUUCGCCUGUAAAUCUACGCAAAACAAUAGUACAUUUGAUUAAAAAGUUUC